UUUUCGAUAACAGCAUUUUUAGGCAUUUGUUUUGCUUGUUGUUUGAAUAAGCAUUAAGAUGGCAUUUUUCAGUUCAGGAGAAUUUCGCGCUGUUUUACAGCAGUAUACAUACAAACAGCGGAAAAUACUCUGCUUUGUUAAAAUUGUGCCGGAAACACUGACACUUUUCAAAUGCCAACCACGAAAAGAUUACAAUUGGAUUACAAUAAAUCUUUGGGCUAAGGUUGAGAGCAGCAUAUGGAGUCUACUAGACAGCAUUGGAAACUGGGACAGGGAUGCGCCUAAUAUAAAAACAGAGCUGGUCGUUGACUACAUAAAAGUAAAAGUAUGUGCAAACGAAAAUCUACUAUCGGAUCUGCAAAAAGUGUUGCCAGCAAAGGAUGGUCUAUGUCUGGAGCUGACACUCGAAUAUAUGUUGAACAAGAACACAAACGUAGUGGUGCCACAACAAGCAAAACGAAAAUCUCCAUUUGAGAACAAUAAUGGAACUGAAACUAGUAAACCAGAGAAAGUGCCUAAGAGUGAAAGGCGCGGCAAAGAGGAAAGAGAGAGCAGAAGUACUGAAAAGACUAAAAACAAGCGCCACGGCCGGCGAUCAAUAUCACAGGAUCCCACCAAAACAAAUCCAAUUAUAAAAAAGGAAUCACGUGGCAGCUCCGUAGAGACCAAGACGAGCCAGCGUCCAACGCGAUCACCUAAUAUGCCCUCGCGUUUUGCUGGCUAUCUUAUUGGUGAGAAAAAGCCAGCAAAAAACAAAUUAAGAUCAACGGAGAGCAGCGAAAGAUCUGGCAAGAGCACAAAUAAGGCUACGAUUAAGAAACGCCGAACUUCUCCUUCUGCGCCAAGCGUUGAUAUUAAUGAACUCAAGCUGUUAAAUGAGAUGCUGGAAACGCCCAAACCACGAAAAGUUGAAAUACUGCUUCUCAAGGACAUGGACGAGGCGGACGUGUUGAAAACUUUUGAGAAUUACCGCGAACACUUUGAUCGUGUCUUUAAAGAACGCCAGCAUAAAACUGAGACCACGAGCUACAUGUCCAUAGACCAUUGUCAUGUUAUGGAUAUUUUGAGCAAAUCUAUACGCGAUAGCAUGAUUAAAAAAUUGCGAGAGUCAUACAGCAAAUCAGGACCACACUGCUCACUGGUAAUUAAUGGAUUGUUGCCCUUAUGGAUAAUACACUUAUUUAUGGACAAAUACAAUUUCACCGAGGAUGAGGCAGUGAGACAGCUGUCUGAUCAGCUUAAGUAUGAUAGCUAUCUCAAGGCGGUUAAUAACGAGCCACUCGAGCUCGGAUUUUGAUGAUAGAAGACUGUAUUUACAUUUCAAUUAUUAGAAUGCAAUUUUUUUUAUUAUUUUCCUAAU